AUGGAGGUCGGUGGCGCGCGCCAGGAAACUGGAGCUGACGAAGACGACGACGUUUGGGAUGGAGAACUCCUGCUCCGGCCACCGCAGUUCCCCCCCAUUGCCAAACCCAACAAGCUUAUAUCCCCCACUUUGCACACACCUCAUCAUGUCUCGGAUGACACACUUGUUCAUCGCAGGACCCUGGCAUUGGGCUUGGCAGGGGCAUUGUUGGGAUUCAGUGUUGGUGACCGGAAACGAGCGAAUGCAGCAGCUAGAAGGCCGCCACCUCCACCACCAGCAGAGAAGAAAGACCCCAGUGUGAGUGGUGUCCAGGCGAAAAUAUUAGCUAGCAAGAAGAGGAAGGAAGCAAUGAAACAAGAGGUCGCUAAAUUGAGGGAGAAAGGAAAAUCUGUCGGUGCCCCAUCACCACCAUCUGAAUAGUUCGGUAUUUAGAUCACCAAUCGUUUCGAAAAUGGAAAAUUUGUACUACUAUUGAAUUCUAUAAGCAAGUUUGUAAACUUUCCAUUCAUUCCAGGCA